AUGAAAAUGGCACCUUAUCCGGUGCUCGGCACAGACGACCCUCGUCCCGUGCGUGCUGUCCAUAUCCGCUCCAUUCGCGAAAGGCGGCUAGGCGAGUUCAUCGGCGGUCAAUAUGGUCAGUUCAAUUUGGCCAGCUUGCUGUUCGAGGCCAGGACCGACAAGUUGGACGUCAUCAAGCUCGCUCGAUGGGACCCGCCGAGCGGGUCCAAACCGAGCUUCGACCAGGCCGUCCAGCAGGAUUACAAGCCAUGUAAGAAAGGCGAGCUUUUUGGCCCUAGCUGGACUAAUCACUGGGUCAAGGUAGAUAUCAAGGUCCCUGAGGAGUGGCGCGAAAAGGAGUGGCUACAGCUCGAAUUUGAUCCAGGAUGCGAGGCUAUGAUUUUCGAUGUCGACGGACUGCCGUUACAAGGCAUCACCGGCGGCUACGAGGACAAUCGUCGAGUCGACUUUCCUUUGUCGCCAGCCAUGCGCCACGGUGUGCGAUUCUACAUUGAAGUAUCGGCGAACGCAAUGUUUGGCUUGCCGUCAGUCUCCGAGGGUGGCGACCCAGAUCCGAACAGGUACUUCCAACUGGCUUCGGCAGACGUCGUCGUCAAGCGUCCCGGGGCGUGGAAGCUGAUGUGGGAUUUCAAUACGCUUCGCGGCUGCGUCGACGAGAUGCCCCGCGACGGCAUUUUGCAAAACAAGGCGCUGUGGGUGGCCAAUGAGAUCCAGAACACGUUCAGAAAGGCAGAUCUCAGCAGCAUAGACAGAUGCAGGAAAAUUGCGGAGGAGGUACUUGGCCAGCACUGGGAGCGCUCGGGACACCAGAUCUUCAAAAAGGAGAAUGCCGCAGAGCCGACGGUGAUCGCGAUAGGCCACUGCCACAUUGACAGCUGCUGGCUUUGGCCGAGAAGCGUGACGCAGCAAAAGGUGGCGAGAUCUUGGUCGACGCAGCUUGCCCUGAUGGAACGCUACCCUGAGCAUCGCUUCAUCGCCAGCCAGGCAGCUCAGUUCAAGUGGAUGGAAGAACUCUACCCUAAGCUUUUUGCCAAGAUUCAGGAUGCAGUCAAAGCGGGCACUUUCCAGCCGAUUGGAGGUUCGUGGGUAGAGUGUGACGCUAAUCUCCCCAGCGGAGAGGCAUUUGUCCGCCAAUUCUUGUACGGCCAACGCUAUCUACUGACGCGAUUCGGUCAGCGGUCAAACGUCUUUUGGCUGCCUGACUCUUUCGGCUACAAUGCGCAAAUUCCGCAGCUCGCAAGAAGCGCUGGUCUCGACUACUUCAUGACACAAAAGCUCUCAUGGUCCAACGUCAACACCUUCCCCCACAGCACCGUCAUGUGGCAAGGCCUCGAUGGCUCGCAGGUGAUCACGCACUUCAGUCCCGUGGACAACUACGAUUCGCAAUGCGGCGUCAACGACAUCACAAAGUGCAUUCGGAACAACAAAAACUUGGACGUCCAGCCGACAGGACUGUUGCUAUACGGGUUUGGCGAUGGAGGUGGAGGCGCAACAGAAGUUAUGGUUCAGAAUCUGAGACGUGCCCGGGCGGUCCAUGAAAAUGGCCAUUUUGAAAUGCCGAAAGUCACCAUCGCCAAGUCCAUGCCAGACUUCUUUGACAAUGUUACGAAGAUCACAGAGGGGGGCCGACGCUUGCCCGUCUGGUCUGGAGACCUCUAUCUUGAGUUCCACCGCGGUGUCUUUACAAGCCACGGGUCUAUCAAGCGCUGGAACCGGAAGUUGGAGAUCCUCUUGCACAACGUCGAAUGGACAUGCACCUUGGCCAGUGUGCAGGAUGCGUCCUUCAAGUAUCAAAAGGACGAGCUCGACGCAUUGUGGGAGAUGCUCCUCUUCAACCAGUUCCACGACAUUCUUCCAGGCUCGAGCAUUCACAUGGUGUACGAUGACGCCGAACACGACUAUGCUGAGAUCGAGCGCAGGGCUUACAGCUUGCUCAAGGCGGCACACGCCACGCUCUUCGCCCCGGCGCCUCUCGGCACGUUCGCGGCCUCCAAUACUCUUGCGCUUCCCAGACGCGAGCUGGUAGUGGUACCCAUUGGACACCCUUCGCAAGCUCCAUUUGGCUUUGUCAACAUGACUCCGGACCAAUCCAAGGCAGUCUGCAUUCUCGAAGAUCCAACGGGCUGUGGACUUGCCGUUCAUCGACCCUGCGCUCUUUCUGCACUACACGCUGCCGAAGCCUUCGAGACCCGUGAACAGGGUCGAUCCCAUAGUAUUUACGUCCUUUGCAAUGCCUUCCUCGCCGUCCGCGUAGAGCACGGUCGUAUCACGUCCAUCCAUGACAACCUGUCUAAGCGCGAGCUUCUUGCCCGUGGUCGCACUGCAGGCUUGACGAUCUACGAGGACUACCCUCCAAGCUUCGAUGCCUGGGAAACAGAGAUGUACUCGCUCGACACGGAGGAGGAGAUCGCCUUCGACAGCAUCCGCGUCGUCCAGAAGGGUCUACGGGAUGCGGGUCUUGUGUUGGAAGCAUCAUUCGGCAAGAGCAAAGUGAAAAUGGUGCUGAGUCUGGGUAUGCUGCCCGCAACGGCCAUCGCAUCUGAUGAGGACGCGCGUGCACCUCUUGUGAUUCAAACGGAGAUUGACUGGCAGGAGAAACAUCGGUUCCUGCGUUUCAGUGUCCCAACCGCAUUGCAAGCUGCUGAAGCGUCGUAUGAGACGCAAUUUGGACUUACAAAGAGGCCGACGCAUCGCAAUACAUCUUGGGACGCCGCGAAAUUCGAGGCGUGCGGCCAUCGUUUCGUCGACCUAUCGGAGCCUGCCUAUGGGUGCACUCUGGUGACCGACUGCAAGUACGGCUACUCCGUCGAGGGCGGGACGAUGCGUGUAUCUCUGCUCAAAGCGGGCACUUACCCUGAUGCCCACCAAGACGAGGGCAAACAUGUCGUAAACCUCGCCGUUUACCCGCACGUCCAUGCCCUCGAGCAGAGCGACGCGAUCUCGUACGCUCGCAUCUUCAACAAUCCCAUGGAUGCGAUUAUGCAGGCCGCGCCGUGCCCGCACGUGCCUUCCGUCAGCAUGGUCUCCGCUUCAACCAACAUCGUAAUCGAUACGUUGAAGCGAGGGGAGGCAGACUUUUCAUACUCCUCCUUGAAAGCGAGUGGUCAAAAGUCGAUCAUUCUCAGGCUCUAUCAGUCCGUGGGCACGCACGAGAAAGCGACCUUGCAAAUUGCCAACAUUCCAAUCAAAAGCAUUACGACGACAAACAUUCUGGAAGACGAUGUCGAAGCUGCAUGCUCCUUUGACACAGUUGAACCAUUCGACAACCUUACCCACCGGAUCCCGCUCGUCUUCCGACCCUUCGAGGUCAAGACGCUGCGAAUGGUCUUGCACUGA